AUGUCUAAAACGAAGACAGUAAUAAAACUGGUACCACCCGAUGGAGGCUGGGGAUGGAUGGUAUUACUUGGCAGUGCUGUUACUAAUAUCUUCAACCAGGCAAUGUUCUCACAAUUUAGUUUAUUAUAUGGUGACAAAUUACAAGAAAUGGGACAUCGAACUACAGGAGCAGCGAUGGUUCUGAGUGUAAUGCUUUGCGUAAUAAAUUUCGGUGGACCGUUUGUUGGGGUUUUGGUCAAACUAAAAUCACCAAGAUUCGUUUGUGUCACCGGAUCAGUUAUAUGUGCUUCGGGGAUAUUUUUGAGUUCAUUUUCAACAAACAUAGUCCACCUGAGUUUAAGUUACGGAGUUGUUUUUGGCGUAGGAUUAGGAUUCAUACAAAAUGCAUCGUUCGUAGCCAUUAACAGUUACUUCAAAUUGAAAAAGAGUAUUGCAGUGGGCAUCGCAAUGACAGGCACUGGGAUUGGACAAGCUAUAAUGCCACACGUGGUGCAAUAUUCCUUGGAUAAAUUUGGCUUUACCGGUGCAUGUUGGCUUCUGUCAGCACUGUGUUUACAUGGAGUUUGUGGAACACUGUUAAUGCAACCAGUUGAGUGGCAUAUGAAAAAAAUAGAAGAGGAGGUUCUUAUUGAAGAAGAAAAAAUCGAAAUGAAUAAAUGUCAAACAGAUAUAGAGGAUGAUAAACCAGCAACAAUGUUUACUAAUAAUAAAGAAUGUAAAACCUCGCAGUUAAAAAAAAGAAGUACUGUAAAUGGUUUUUCUGAUGAUUUCAAAACAGGAUCCUUAAAUAAAACGCCGGAACUAAAGAAAAAUGCAUUAGAAAGGAUUUGCGAAUUAUUUGACAUAUCCCUAUUAUCAAGUCCACGUUUUAUUAAUGUUAUUAUUGGAAUCGGAUUAACGUAUAUUUCGAUUCAGAAUUUCGGCAUGUUGUUCCCAUUUUUCUUACUGAAUAUAGGUAUGAGCAGAAAUGAAACGGCUACGUGUAUGUCUGCAGUGGCAUUAGCUGACAUUUUUGGAAGGCUUAUUGUACCACAAGUCCAAGUUAGAUUAAAAUUGACAGCUCGAUUGACGCUGUUUUUAACAUGCAUUUGGAUUAUAAUAACCAGGCAAAUAUUAGCAUAUCAAACAGAUUUGACAUCCAUAAUAGUUUUAUCCGCAUUAUACGGCAUCGGACGGAGCAUGGUCAUAGUAGCAAGAAAUUUGACUAUAACUGAGCAUUGCAGAGUCGACCAAGUACCCUCUGCCGUCGGACUUGGUAUGUUAUGCUUGGGCAUUAUAUCUCCACCUAUAGGAUAUUUCCUAGGUUGGAUUAGAGAUUACACAGAAGACUAUAUAGCAUGCAUAUCUGCCCAAAAUGCCUUACUAAUAUUAUUUUUGAUUAUAUGGCUUCCGGAUAUGUUACUGCAAUAUUAUAAAAAGAAAAAGGGAAACGCAGAAGAUGUUUAA